AGGACAGAACUAUAGAAUAAUAGGGAGAAUCAUGGCAGUCGCUCUGCUUCAGUAAGUAAAAAUAAAAAAUAGUGUCAUGUAAUCGCUUGUAAGAUUACAAUUUGAAAAAUAGUAAAUAUGCACUUACUACAUGAAAUCAUGUAAAGCACCAAAAACUGUGAUUGUUUCGCUUAUCAGUAAAAACUUUGUGGACACUUGAAAUGUCAGGAGGAAACGCAGCCAAGUGGGAAGUUCCUUUAAAUGAUGGCAAAACUCAUGUUGUUGAAUUUGAACACGGAACAGCGACUGGAAAACGUGUUGUAAAGGUCAAUGGUAAAACCCUUGUGAAUAGAGAAUGGAUGUUUCGACUUGUUGGAGAUGAGAUUAUUCAUCUUGGCAAAAAUAAAAUUGUUAUUCGAGUUGAUCCAAUACCUGGAUUAAAAUAUUCCUACACCCUGUGGGUGAAUGGGAAAAGUUAUGAAAAUUUUAUUCAAAAUCAAUCAAAAAUUUUAAAAUGUUGGACAACAACUUUAAAUGGAAUUCAAUAUAGAAUUAUUUUGGAUAAAAAUACUCAAACAGUUUGGAUUAAUGGAAUUCAAGAAGUGGAUGUUAGGAACGAAUUUGUUGACGGAGGUGCUGAAAUGUCAUUUUCAAUUGGAGGUUUACCAGCUGUGAUCAGAUCAAAUAACAUAGAAGAAAGAGACAUAACUUAUAUUCUUUACAUUGACGAUUUAGAAAUAAAAGAUCAGGAUGUAUUCGAAUAGUUAUCAAGAUUUAAUUUAAUCAAAAGUUAAAUUAGGCAAAACUGUUGUAAUUAAUUUUCAAAACUGUAUAAUUGUUUAAAUAAUUUUUUUUAGACACAUUAUUUUUAUCUUCUAUGCCUGUAAUCUAUAUAACUUCUAUAUACGUUCUUAUCAGAAACAACUUUAGGUUUCGUUUUUUUUUUAAACGUGUGUUUCACCCAUAAAAGUAAAAUUUAUUUUACAUUUUCAUCAAAACUGAUAUUGAAAAAUAAAUUUUUAUUUCAUUAUUUAAUGGAAAAAAUUACUUUGAAAAAAAAAUUAAAAAAUUAAUUAUUAAAAAAAUCAUAGCAUUUUCCACCAUUUAUAUAUUAAUAACACAAACGUAUGUAUAAUAUGUAGAAUAUAAAUUUCAACAAUUUUCGAAAU